AUGCUUCGACACAAUUUUAGAUCUUCUAUUUUCAUCCGAAUCGUCGCUAAUUCGUGGAGUAUUACUAGAAGUGUCAGUUCAGCUCCUAUUAAAGCCGAAUCAAGAAAACAGCAAGAUUCGUUGAAAAAUAUAGACUCCGGCGAAGCUUAUACGGCUCUUGGCAACAUCCGUCAAAAGAAAGAUGUGUUCCAUUACACAGACAGAGCAAGUGGAACUGGGUACUCGCACUAUUCAAAUUCGGUCUAUCAGCACCGCCCGUAUAUCUGGCCUCCGCUACGGAAAAUGUACAACUGGAACUAUGCCUUUGUCAUUGCUGGAAUGGUGAUUUUAAUGAGCGACUUCGAAUGGAUAAAGGAACAGAUCAAAGGUGCAUCUACACCUUUCCGACCGGAAGCUUCUCAAAAAGAAGAGUCAACAGACAGCGGUACUGAAAUCGAAGUGAAGGAAAAGCCAAAGAAGAAGAAACUUGGGUUUAGGGAGCGACGAAUUAUAGAGUAUGAAGACCGGCUACGAUUGUACUCAACACCCGACAAAAUCUUCCGCUACUUCGCAACAUUGAAGAUUAUUGAUCCCAACGACGAGAGUGGCCGAAUCUUUGAAGUUUUCAUGACACCCGAAGAUUUUCUUCGUUCUUUUACACCAGGAGUUAUGCAACCAAGAAGAUGGGGUCUUGAUAGUUUCAAGGCAUACAAUCCAGAGAAGCACAAACGUCACAAAUUCUCUGAUCCCAACAGUAUUUUCUACAAAUUAGGAGAGAAUGGUCUUAUUAAUUUCAGCGAUUACCUCUUUCUUAUGACAUUGCUUUCAACAUCCCAUGCCGACUUCGCUCUCGCGUUCAAAAUCUUCGAUGUUGAUGGUAAUGGGGCUCUGGACAAAGAAGAAUUCACCAAAGUACAACAACUUAUCAUGUCUCAAACGACUGUUGGUCAACGACACCGCGAUCACGUUACACCUAAUUCGUCUUUCCGAGUCGAAACCAACUCUGCACUUGAGACAUAUUUUUUCGGUAAAGAUGGAAAGGGGAGCUUAUCAUCGGAGAAGUUCAUCGAAUUUCAAGAACGUCUCCAACAUGAUAUUUUGAAGAUGGAGUUUGAGAGAAGAGAUGCGAUGGAAAAUUCAGAUGGGUUAAUCACAGAAGAGAGUUUUGCGCAACUACUUCUUCUCCAUGCUCAGAUAGCGGAGAAAAAGCAGAAGCACAUGCUGAAACGUGUAAAACGACGAUUUAAAGGCGAUCAGUCAAAAGGAGUUAGCUUCGAUGAAACGAAAGCGUUUUUUGAGUUUUUAUAUCACAUCGAUGAUGUUGAUAUUGCUCUUCACUUUCAUAAAAUGGCCGGGAUGUCCAUUGAUGCAAAGCUUUUGAAACGCGUUGCUGUUAAAGUAACUGGAAUACCACUUUCUGAUCAUGUCGUUGACGUCGUGAUUACCCUGUUUGAUGAUAAUCUGGACGGAAAGUUAUCGCACGAAGAAAUGGUUGCCGUAAUGAGGAGAAGAAUGCGAAGAGGAUUGGAACGGCCGAGAGACACCGGAUUGUUCCGAUUGUUUGAUGCUGUUUUGGAAUGCGGUAAACGAGCAUACCAUGCCAGUCCGCUCCCAUUUUAUUGA